AGCCCACAUAAGUCGCGGAGCACACCCCACUCGCGGCGGUCGCCGGCGACACGCACCACCGUCUCCGCCUCCGCGCCGCCGCCGUCGUCUCCGCCGCCUCCGGUGGAAUCCUCGCCGCGGCCCCGUCACACCUCAUCCUCUUCGCUUGGCCUUCUCCGCAUCCGGUUAUUUUAGGUCGGAGAAGGCGGCGGAUCCGCCGCUCGCCGGGCGGAUCACGCUCCCUCAUCAUUGGUAUCAGGGGCGGAGACGCGAGCGGUGAGCCUCCCCGCCGUUGGGAGAGAUCUUCACUUGCCAAACUCAAUUCUCAGCAUGUCGUGGAGGCGGCUGGAGCUCGCCGCGCUCUGCGCCUACGCGCUGGGGUUCUACCUCGUCGUGAUCCGGAAGUCGCUUCGCCUCUCUCAUGAUUACUCUGGGAGGUUGUACGGCCUACGAGCAGGCUCACUCGCUGGCCAUCUGAACGACUUGUCCGAUGCACAAUGGAGAAAUUUCCGGGGGAACUUACCUGUUCUUACCAUUGUGAUGGGUGCAUUUCUGAUGUUGGCGAAUAUGCUUCGCUACUGCUACAGCUUGAAGGGAAGAGGGGCCUCUUUGGUGUGGCUUCUCCUGUCUGUCACCUAUUUAUGCUAUCUACAUGGUGCUUGUGUUAGUUUCAUUCUCCUAAUAGCAUUGAUUAACUACUCCAUAGUGAAGCUAUUUUCUCGAUAUAAAUAUUGUGUUGGGCUCAUUUGGAGCUUCAACUUAGCUGUCCUUAUACUUAACCGAGUCUAUGAAGGCUAUUCAUUCUCAUUGUUUGGGCAACAGCUUGCUUUUCUAGACAAUCAUCGGGGUACAUUUCGGUGGCACAUUUGCUUCAAUUUUGUUGUAUUACGAAUGAUAAGCUUUGGAUGCGAUUACUGCUGGUCACUCCGGUCUUCUCAGUUUGAUCAUAAGCAUAUGCAGCGAUGCCAAGUUUGUUAUUCUGGCAAAACAUGCUACUUUGCUUUGCAGGAGAGAGCGCUCAUUGGUGACAAAUACACAUUACUAACAUAUUUAUGCUACUUGACAUAUGCUCCACUCUACAUCGCUGGACCUAUUGUAAGCUACAAUGCAUUUGCAGCCCAGUUAGAUGCACCCCAGAAAAAUUAUUCAGUUGCACAAAUAUCUUGGUAUGGGGUGAGGUGGAUCCUAAGUUUCCUUCUUAUGGAAGCUAUGACACAUUUUUUCCACUACAACGCCUUUGUAGUUAGCCGAUUAUGGCAGCAAUUAUCGCCAUUUGAGAUCUUCAUCAUUAGUUAUGGGGUGCUGAACUUUAUGUGGUUGAAAUUCUUCCUGAUUUGGCGCUACUUCAGGUUUUGGUCACUGGUAGGAGGAGUUGAGACGCCUGAAAAUAUGCCAAGGUGUAUAAAUAAUUGUCAUGAUCUGGAGAGUUUCUGGAAAAGCUGGCAUGCUUCUUUUAACAGAUGGUUGGUCAGGUAUCUGUACAUUCCUCUUGGGGGUGCUCAAAGAAAACUACUUAGUAUCUGGGUGGUAUUCACGUUUGUAGCAGUUUGGCAUGACCUGGAAUGGAAACUUAUUUCAUGGGCAUGGUUAACAUGCUUAUUUUUCGUCCCUGAAAUAUUGGUCAAGUCUCUAUCCAACAAGUUCCAGCCAAGAAGUGCCCUUGGGUUGUUCAUUCACCGGGAGUUAAGUGCAAUUGCUGGUGCUGUGACAAUAAGCUGCCUUAUGGUGGCAAACCUUGUCGGUUAUGUUGUAGGACCCUCCGGCAUUAAACUUCUCAUGUCACGAAUGCUUGGGAAGGAUGCCCUUCCUGUCCUUGCCUUCAUAUUUAUCUCAUUCUAUGUGGGAGUUAAGCUUAUGUUUCAUAUACGUGACGCACAUGAGAAUCAAGGGUGAUAACUGAUAAGUCGACGGGGAAGAACUCCCACUGUAAAAUGUAGACAAGCAGCUGCGAUGAGACGCUGUCAAGACUCAAGACAAAUAGGCUUACCUCUUCUUUUAUGGGAUUUGUUUGACACGAACGAAAAGCUCCUCUGACCGCCGAGCUUUGGCUCUUCUGUAAUGUAGGGCUUAUUGAUUGGGGUAGUGAAGAUAAUAGAGCACAAAUGGAAAUGGUACUACGAGCUCUGUUUUUAAGAGUGGAAAUGCAGGGCACACUCCAUUGGAUUGAAGGAAUUUCAAUUCUCAGACAAUUUUCCUAUGAGCUCUUUUGGAACAAAGCAAUAUCACUGGCAAAAAUCCUAUGGAGAUUUGCUUCCUAUGGCUCAAUUCCAUAACAGUCUAA